CUCGAGUCGUAAACUUUGCAGUCAGUUCACUUGAACAGCUGUGAGUGAUCAGCAAAGACGACGGUUGUCGGGAACUAAAUAUAUAUACAAAUGUUCAUAUAUGCAAAAUUACAUAUAUCAGUAAAUGGAUGGAGCUGCAUAAGAAACAACAACCACACAAAAUAAUAAAUAUGUAUAUAUAAUAAAAACAAAAAAAAAAAAUAAGGAAAAAUAAAAUACAAAACGUAAAAUCUUUUGCGUAGUUUAUUCGCUCGCGUCGUUCGUUUCGUUUCUUCACUUGAACUCGUAUCUCAUCGGUUCGUUUCAUUGCGCUGCGCUGCUGAGAGUUGCUUCUUCAGUUGGCGCAGUACCGAAUGGCUUACUGAUGCCGUUCAGUUUCAACUCGAUGUUUAGUUUAGAUUGACCAGGACAAGUAGAUAUGCCCUGGCAGUCGUGCGACGCGCUCGGACGCUAAAAUCCAAAAAUUCAAAAAACAGAAACAGAAUCAGAAAUCCCAAACACGUUGUAACUUCCAAUCACCAAUUAGAAAACUGCAUUAAAAUUAAAUACGGGAACUCGAGUGCGUAAACAAGAUUGUGAUUAAAUCUCAAAACUAAAACUAAACCACCAACUAAACAACAACAACAACACUCUACACACACACACAUACACCCCUCCUUAUUGUCAAUGCAACGGACAAGUGAUAACAUUGAGUGGUGAACCAAAAACAUAAAUAAAAGUGCAGAUUGAGAUGCAGAUGCCUAGGCCCUAGGGGCAUGGAAAUAUAGCGAGACAGAAUUCUAAACAAAUCGUCACGAAAACAUUAUCAAUUGUAUAUUUUGGGUUUUCGAAAACCCAGAAGUAGAGAAACAAAAGCAACACGUAAAGCAAACAUAACCAGACGAGUCAGUGUGUGCGAGUGUGCCCAUUGGCAACAACUGUAUUCGAUGUAGUAUUAGUGACCACACAAACAAUAACAAAAAUAUAUAGAAAUUUUAUAUAAAACAUACAGAUAUAAAAUAUAUAUUUAAACAUAUGAAAUACAUGUAAACUCUCGGCCCAUACCAACAAACCAAGCAAGCAUACAAGUACGGGCCAAUCUAUUUAAUUCAGUGCAUUUAUAAAUUAAUAAAAUGUACAAUAAAUAUAUAUGUAUAUAGAGUAGGAGUGCGAUUGUGAGAGUGAGUGCACAUAAGCAGUAGCAGUGGCAGCAGCAGCAGCAGCAGCGAAAAGUAAAAAAAAAAAAAUUACACAGACGCAGCGCGAACGUGAGUCUUGGAAUAUUGCAAACACAAAACAAAAAAAAAAUAUAUAUAUAAAAACACCAACAAAAAAAAAAAAAUAAAUAAAUAACGAGGAACCAGUUUCACCUUGAGGAGCAAUACCUAGUGCACACUCACACACCAUCGGAUGCACACCACCACCACUAGCAGCACCAGCGCCAAUAUAUCUACCAGUGUGUGUGUGUGUACGCGAGUAUUUUGUUAAAUAAAACAGCCCGAUCGGACUGAGAGUGCGACUACGUACGACGAGUACAUAAUACAUAAUCGUGCAUUAAUGCUAACCGCUCUGCUUAAUAAUCCGUGAUAAAGCCCGCUAAGAAAACCGAGUUUUAUCAGCGAUCCAUGCCCGCACUGCCUCCCAGUAUCUGCGACUAUGUUCAGCUGCUGGAGAUCGAGCCAACUGCCCUGGGAUAACAUCGAGCUACAGAUACAGCACAAUCAACAGAUACAACUGAUACAGAAUCAGAUACAGAUUCAGAUACAGAUACAGAUACUCAAACAGAAGGAGAAACAAAAACAGAAGGAGAAACAGCGACAGCGACACAUAUGCGGCCAAGUGAGGUGCCAGUGUCAGGAAGAUGAUAGCUGCGCCCACACAGGCAACUGAAGAACCACCAUUUAGUUUUCGCCCAGGAACGAUUCCAACGGUUCCAACAGCAACAGCAACAGCAACCACCCCAGAAGCGAUUCCAGCCCCAAAACCGGAGUCAAUACCCCGCGUUCCGUCCACCCCAACGGACGUCCCCCCAACGAGUUUCGGUUCAACACAAAUACCAACACCAACAGCAGAACCAAGCCAGCGAGCUAUUACUCAUCCAACAGCGGCUGUGGCUUCGCCUUCCGCGCCUGUUGCUGCAGCUGCAUCGAACCCCAACCCGAGGUCCACUCCCACUCCAAACCACCACCCCCAAUCCCGUUUCCAGCCAGAGUCCAAUACGAAUUCAUUCGAAUCCAAUAUGGACAACGAAAGAUCUCCGAGCCAUAGUGGCCAUGAUAUGACACUGAACAUGAACGGCGAUUCCAGCCUGGUGUUUGGAUCUGCGCGGGUUCCUGUCAAUUCCAGCACCCCGUAUUCGGAUGCAACUCGGACCAAGAAACAUUCUCCCGGCCAUAUUAAGCGACCAAUGAAUGCCUUCAUGGUGUGGAGUCAAAUGGAAAGGCGAAAAAUCUGCGAGCGAACACCAGACCUGCACAAUGCCGAGAUAUCCAAGGAGUUGGGACGACGAUGGCAGCUCCUCAGCAAGGACGACAAACAGCCGUACAUCAUGGAGGCGGAGAAGCUGCGGAAGAUGCACAUGAUCGAGUAUCCCAAUUAUAAGUACAGGCCCCAAAAGAAGCAGGCACGCUCUCCGGGCGCCCUCAAGGGUAAUCCCAAUCAGGAAUUAGAUGGCAGCGAUGGAAAGAACGAUCCCACACACUGUACACUGUCCAAUCUUGCAAUUAAUAAUAAUAAUAACAAUAGUAACAACAACAACGGAACCACCACUGCCGGACGGAAAAGCAAAAGAUCUACCUCUACAUGUCAAACUGGAACAGCUUCUAAGCGAUUAAAAAACGAUACUACGGGUGAUACUUGCAAACCUAAAUACGAAGUAAACGCUGCCUCGGAUCUCGCGGAGCAGCUGCACAAUAAUAAUAGCACAGCUGAUAUUAAGCUACCCUCAGCCGAUAAUCUAUUAAGCUUUCAAUCCUCUCAAUACAUACCUCUAAACACCACUGGCGACGAUGUGAAGCUGCCCCCCGCCGACCAGUCCAGUCCUUCCAAUGCGCGCGAGAACAUUUCGGACGUAGUCCUGCGGUUCUUGCCCUUAUUUGUCAACUCGACGGACAACGAGGACUCCAAUGGACUGGACUCGACCGGCCACAGCCAUGGCAAUCAGUCGACAGCGGGUCUCAUCGACACCAUUGACCCCAUGGAUCCCAUUGACAGCAUCACCGCUCGCCAGGAUCUAUCCGAGUCGAUGCUGAGCUAUAUGCCCUACUGUGAUGACGAUGGCAACAAUCUGCUGGAGACAAGCGACCCGGAUCGGGUGAUCCUCCUCGAUAGUCUCGGCAAGCCCGUGUUCGAGUCCGAGGACAAUAUUGUGAAUGAUGCCAAUCUGCACUCGGCCAGCCAUCAUGUAUCUCCCUUUGUGCCUGACAACAGCGAUUGCUUCGCCGAUGAUUGUGUCGCCGGUGGGAGAGGAGGAAGCAGUGGCAGCCAUUCUGUCGUCGGCAGCGGCGGUGGCGGUGGCGGUGGAGAAAACUCCUCCCUUCCAGUCAAGUUCGAGGUGCAGCCCCACAACACCAUCUGCACGAUGAACAUCGAGAUCCACAACGGCUCGGGGCUGAUGUAUGGCGGGCCAGACGGCGGGCACACAUUCCAGAGCGACGACUUCAAUCCGAUGCCACCGGCGGCGGAGGACAGCGACUGCAGCAUACUGACCGCCUCCCAUUCACCCCAGAUCGGAUACUGUGGCGGCGGCGGCGGCAUCGGUGGCAGCUUUGUGGAGGCGGACGCUAUCGUGAACACAUGUACAUACACAACCACAAGCCAAGACUACGCCGGAAAUGUAAUUGAAACACACAAUGAUCUCAACUACGCCGCACAUGAUAACAACGGAGCUCUCCUAGCUUAUACGUUCGAGGAUAUGCCGCCUCAGCCAACCGGUAGUCAUUUAGAAUUUAACACUAACAAGUACGAGUUUGCAAGCUAUUAUAAAAUGUGAGAGAUAUAUGUACGGAGCGAGAUAUUUAAGUUUUUGUGUAAUUUAUAACUAAUCUAAUUUUUACGAUUAUAAUUUUACACCAAAUUAUAUAUAUAAAGAUAUAUGAAUAUGUAUACAUAUUAAAUACUAUAUAUUCCAUAAAUUCUAUAUACAGAAAACAGAAAGCGAGAAUAAAAUGCAUUGCAUUGAAAAUAGAAAGAA